UUAACGUUAUCCCUGAUAUAGAAUACAUUCAUGUGUAUGCAUUUAUUAUUUGGAUAUCCAUACCAAUUGUUUAUUGUCCUCGAGUUUGAUAGAAGAUGGUGAGAGCAUGUUCUGGCGGUCGCAUCUGAGUUGAUGGGUCCCAAACAGCAUGUGAUUAACAUUAAAGCAACAAAUCUUUUAAUGUCGGCAAUGUUGUUCUGUUCCCUUAUUAGAUCUCGAUUCCUUGUCCUUUUGUUUUUUCCUCAACUCUUCAAGUCUCUCAUUUGUCAAAGGAUUGACUGGCCCCCAUCAUUCUCUUUCAUAACUGGCAGUGUUUGAUGCUGUUCGUGUCUUGAUCCAAUCUGUUGUUUGAUCUUUUUCUUGAGUUGCGCUGUUCUGUUUGUUCUAAGUAUACUAUUUAUUAUCUUUAAUUUAGUCUAAAGACGAUGAAGUAUAAGGAUGAGAAGUACGAGAAAGCUGAGAGAGGUUCAACAAAGAUUUUGCCCAAGACUGUUUUACUUAUUCUACUAUGUGGGCUUUCAUUCUAUCUCGGUGGACUUUAUUGUGGGAAGAACAAACUCCAAGUUAAUGAUGUUGCAAAAGCUGGAUCUUCCUAUAACUCUCCUCAAUCUGUUUCUUUCCCGGAGUGUAGCAGUGACUACCAAGAUUACACUCCUUGCACCGAUCCAAGGAAAUGGAAGAAGUAUGGUACUCACAGGCUUACUUUCAUGGAACGCCAUUGUCCUCCUGUCUUUGAUAGAAAGCAAUGUCUGGUCCCUCCUCCUAAUGGGUAUAAGUCACCAAUAAGAUGGCCUAAGAGUAAAAACGAAUGUUGGUACAGGAAUGUGCCAUAUGAUUGGAUCAACAAGCAGAAAUCUAACCAGCAUUGGCUAAAGAAAGAGGGAGAGAAGUUCAUCUUCCCUGGUGGAGGUACAAUGUUCCCAAAUGGAGUUAGUGCUUAUGUCGAUUUGAUGCAAGAUUUAAUCCCUGAGAUGAAAGAUGGGACCAUAAGAACUGCCAUUGACACUGGUUGUGGGGUUGCAAGCUGGGGAGGAGACUUGUUAGACCGUGGUAUCCUCACGGUGUCACUAGCCCCAAGAGACAACCACGAAGCUCAAGUCCAGUUUGCUCUAGAGCGUGGUAUCCCUGCGAUACUCGGCAUCAUUUCAACUCAACGUCUCCCUUUCCCUUCAAACUCAUUUGAUAUGGCUCAUUGCUCAAGAUGCCUUAUUCCAUGGACUGAGUUUGGUGGGGUCUAUCUUCUUGAGAUACACCGUAUCCUAAGACCUGGUGGCUUCUGGGUCUUGUCCGGUCCACCAGUCAAUUACGAGAACCGUUGGAAAGGUUGGGACACAACCGUUGAAGAGCAGAGAUCAAACUACGAGAAGCUGCAAGAUCUGUUAUCCUCAAUGUGCUUCAAACUGUAUGCUAAGAAAGACGAUAUCGCAGUGUGGCAGAAAUCUCCAGACAAUACUUGUUACAACAAGUUGUCUAACGACCCUGAUGCAUACCCGCCAAAAUGUGACGAUAGCCUAGAACCGGACUCUGCUUGGUACACGCCGUUACGCCCUUGUGUUGUGGUUCCAAGCCCUAAGCUUAAGAAGACAGAUUUGGAAUCUACUCCUAAAUGGCCAGAGAGGUUGCACUCAACUCCCGAGAGGGUCUCUGAUGUUCCUGGAGGAAACGGUGGCUUGUUUAAAAGGGAUAGUAGCAAGUGGAAGACGAGGGCUAAGCAUUACAAGAAGCUGUUGCCUACUAUUGGGUCUGAUAAGAUAAGGAAUGUGAUGGAUAUGAACACUGCUUAUGGUGGUUUAGCUGCUGCUUUGGUCGAUGAUCCGUUGUGGGUCAUGAACGUUGUCUCUUCUUAUGCAGCUAAUACACUUCCUGUUGUGUUUGAUCGUGGAUUGAUUGGAACGUAUCAUGACUGGUGUGAAGCUUUUUCGACGUAUCCAAGAACUUAUGAUCUUCUUCAUGUUGAUGGUCUGUUUACAUCUGAGAGCCAAAGGUGUGAGAUGAAAUAUGUUAUGCUAGAAAUGGAUAGGAUCUUGCGUCCUAAUGGCUAUGCCAUUAUACGCGAAUCGAGCUAUUUUGCGGAUACUAUUGCAUCAGUUGCUAAAGGACUGAGAUGGAGUUGUCGUAAGGAACAAACAGAGUCUGAAUCAGAGAAUGAGAAGCUAUUGGUUUGCCAGAAGAAGCUGUGGUAUUCAUCUGAAACAAAAUAGUAAAAAGGGGGGACAAAUCCAAAGCUUAAGCUUAAAGCUUUUGUUUUGUCCGGAGGUUUCUUGAGAACAAAGUCACUACACCAAGCAUUAGGUUCUUUGUCUUGCUUCAAAGCCAAGAAAGCUGCUUAAAGCGACCAAUUCAUUUUUAUUAUCCCAGCAUAUUUAUUAACUUUCAUAUUCUUCUUAUAGUGUGGACAAGGUCGAGAUUUCCUCAAUGUUAGGUAUAUUGAUUUGAGAUUAGUUGUAUUGUUUUACACGUUAAGACGUUGGUGCAAUAAAACCUACUCCAAACACUAAA